CUCACAUCCAGUCCCUGGGCUUUUUGUGAUAGAUGAUUGCAACAGAUGAACAGUUUCAUGAAAUCCUUUGAGGAGAGCAAGUGAGCGGCGAGUGACUGCGAUUCCUCUCGCACCCUCUUACUACAAGCAAACCUAAGCAAAAAAAAAGCUUUUGGAACCACAUCUGCCUCGAAGUUUUAGCUCACAGGUGCACGAAACUGGGUCACUUGCAGGUGCCAAAGUGUCCUUAUACCAGGGUCACACACCUUGCACGAGGACCACCUCUUCAAAGGAGAAGAACCCACCAGAUACACCUUGCUGCAGCUUCUGUUCAGCUUCACGAGAGCUUCCCCAAACUUGAACUGCUGCUGCCACAUCAGAAAAUGCGCUUAUCAUCCGCCUCGGCUCUGGCCGCUUGGCUAGCCGCGAUAGCUCAAGCUGCCGAACCACCCCAAUUCCUUGUGGACAAGCUCAGUUUUGGGUAUACACCAAGGAUUAACGACAAGGGCCAACAAUCUGUACCUCAGUUCUCCAUCCAAGGCGUGCCAGGAGUACCCGAAGUGCUUUCCAACAAGGUCAUCCUAACACAACCUGCGCCUGGGAACGCCCGAGGUGCAGUAUGGGCCGACAACACCAACAAUUACAAGGAAUGGAUAGCCGACGUCGACUUCCGGGUCAACGGCCCAGAGAGGGGGGGUGGUAACCUGAAUAUCUGGCUGGCAAGGCGGGGCGUGCAGGACAUCGGGUCUGCAUCAAUAUACACGGUCGAGAAGUUCGACGGGCUGGCCCUUGUUGUUGACCGAUCUGGCGGAGGAGCGGGCAUGAUUAGAGGUUUCUUGAAUGACGGAACCACAGACUACAAGACACAUCACAGCGUGGACAGUUUGGCCUUCGGCCACUGCGACUACAGUUACCGUAAUCUAGGUCGUCAGUCGCAGAUCAAGAUGCGCCAGACCAAGAACCUCUUCAAAGUGGAGAUCGAUGGUCGACUUUGCUUCGAGAGCGACAAAAUCAGCAUCCCUCCCGGCUACACUUUCGGUAUCACAGCCGCCAGCGCCGAAAACCCAGACUCUUUUGAGGUUUUCAAACUGGUCGUCAUGACCGCAGACCUCAACGCCCAACACGAAGCGGCCCCGCCACAGCAGCAGCAGCAGCAACAGAAGCAGCAACAAGACUCGCAACAGCAGUUCUUCGGCGGUGGCGGUUAUGACCACGAAAAGAACAUGCCCGUCCCUCCGGUGAAGGACAAUGCCUGGGACGCUGAUCUUCCAGACCAGCCAGCAGACUCCAUCACCAGCUCGGUCGCGCAGUUUACGGACCUGCACAACCGACUGCAGAGCGUCAACCACCAUCUCUCGACCAUCUUCCGCUCGGUAUCGGCCCAAAGUUCCAUCGGCGAAAAGCGCCACGAGGAGACGUCCCAGGCCAUCAACGACAUCAAGAUCCUCCUGGGCCGGUUAGACAAGCUAGACACCAUCAUGAAGCAGGUCAAUUCGAUGGACGGCGAGGUCAAGAAGUUGCGCGGCGAACUGAGCCAGAAAAUCAAGGAUUCGGAGAAUUCCAUCAAGAGCAUGAUGGGAGACACGCACGGCACUAUGUUGGAACACGUCGCUAUUCAAAGCUCACCCAAGCACGGAAAACUCAUCUUUGUUAUUAUUGCCAGUCAGGUGGUCUUGGUUGCUGGAUAUAUUUACUACGAGCGCAAGAAGACGUUGCCCAAGAAGUACUUAUAAGGGUAACGAGUGGGAGGCUGAAUUUCAGAGUUUCGGGGCGUGGGAGGCUUGGGUUUUGUAUAAAACGAGUUUGGCAUUGAUGAUAUCUAUGACGGUUUCUACCUUG